AAAUGCUCCCUUCAAACACCUCGCCAAGAAUUACUCACUCAAAACCCUCAACAACAAUCAUUCAACAAAAUGUCAUCCACAAGUACUCCCUUUCUCCUCACUCAAGUUUACUCGAGGAGGCUUUUGUUACGCACCCCGAUAUAUGAACCGGGUACGAACCCGAACACACCGGUACCCGGCCCGGUCUUAUCGGAUCCGGGCACACCCGAAGCCAAUACUCCCCCGAACAGCCUCGACGCCAACGUCGUCAUGAUCCUGGCCGUGCUUCUCUGCGCCUUAAUCUGCGCCCUUGGUCUCAAUUCGAUCGUCAGGUGUGCUCUCCGGUGCUCUAGUCGGGUAGGGCUCGAACCCGAACCGGGUCACGCGAUCCGUCUAGCGACGGCGGGCGUAAGGAGGAAAGCGCUUCGGGCGAUACCCAUUAUGGCUUACUCGCCCGAAUUGAAAUUACACGGGUCGGGUUCGGAGUGUGCGAUUUGCUUAUCGGAUCUCGUAACGGGCGAACGGAUCCGGGUGUUGCCCAAAUGCAGUCACGCGUUUCAUGUGAAGUGCAUUGAUAGGUGGCUGAUGACUCGGCCGUCGUGUCCCACGUGUAGGCAGUGCUUGUUCACGUCGGCGGAGAAGAGUUCGGGUUGUGCGGAUGCGGGUCGAAGUGGGUCGGGUGCGGUUCAUUCGAUUGUUGUGCCUCUGGAACCCGAAGGGUUUGUACACAAUUAUAGGGAGUCAAGUUAAGUGAACAGUGUUGUACAUAGUUUUGAACUAGCCUGUUUGGUUCCUUUUUUUAAAAAACGGGCAGUGGCUACAGUACCGCGGAAUUGAGUGGUCUGGUUGGGCCGGCAAGUACAGUAAUGGAAGGCUAAUUCCUUACUUUUUGCCAACUCAGCUACAAUACCGCGUACAUUUUAACGAACCAAACAAAGGAGUUGGUUGUAAUACCGUAGCACCUGACACCUAAGUAUUCGAACCCCAAAAAAAUGGCAACCACAGUUAGUCAACGAGUGAAAGAUGUCAGAUGGAUCUUACUUCUUACAUGAAAUGAAAUGCAAGUGUAAAUUGUGAA